AUGAGCCGCGCGGGGAGCCAGCGGGAGCGCGAGGAGUGGCAGCUAGACUACAGCCAGUUCGAGGCGGCGCGGCGCGACCUCGACGACGGCCAUGGCCGGCUGCCGCGAAUACUCAAGCGGCGUGAGUUGCGCUGCUGCGAGCUAACGCUUGCCCUCGGAGUGGCGGGGCGGAACCCCGUGGACGGAUACUACCAGCAGCAGAACGAGAUGAUUGACGGAUUCAGUGAGAUGGACGCGCUCAGUGAGCAGCUGCUGCCGCCCACUCCCAGUGAGGUGAGGGAGGCGCGGCGGCAGCACCGGAACGAGUUCAUGGCGGUGCAGAUAUCCAACGGCGCCAACGUGUGCCUCUUCAUAGUGAAGAUCAUCGCGUCCAUCGUCAGCGGCAGUCUCGCCAUCCUGGCUUCCACGCUCGACUCGCUGUUGGACCUGCUGUGUGGGUUCAUCCUCUGGUACACGGCGCGCACCAUGCGCCGCACCAACCCCUACAAGUACCCCAUCGGGAAGCACCGGAUGCAACCCCUGGGCAUCAUAGUGUUUGCGUGCAUCAUGGCAUCUCUUGGAUUCCAGAUCCUUCUAGAAGGAGUCCGCAAGCUCACAGACUCGAACCACUCGACGGACCUAGGGGAGAAGUGGCAAGUGUAUGUGGGCAUCAUGGGGUUGGUCAUUCUCACCAAGUUCAUCCUCUUCCUCUACUGCCGCCUCUUCUCCGAUGAUAUCGUUCAGGCCUAUGCCCUCGAUCACAUGAUGGAUGUGGUAACCAACACCGUGGGCCUCGCUGCAGCAGUGCUGGCAGGGGAGUACGCGUGGUGGAUCGACCCCGUCGGUGCCAUCUUUCUCGCCCUGUACACCAUGUUCAAUUGGGGCAACACAGUGCGCGAGAACGUGCGCUCUUUAACCGGACGGGCAGCGCCGCCCGCGUUCCUGCAGAAGCUGACGUACCUGUGCUGGAACCACCACCGGGCGAUCCUGGCCAUUGAUACAGUGCGGGCGUAUACGUUUGGCGCGUCCUAUUUCACUGAAGUGGAUGUUGUGUUGCCAGAAGAUAUGCCGCUCAAG